CUGCGUGCGCGGACCCAUGUUCCAGCGUUAGCUCCAGGCUCGAGCUGACAGCGUUGCUUUGGCGCUGUGGAACGAAGAGCGCGCCUAGGACGAGCUUUUGGAAGCACGGGGACGCGCCAAGCAGUGCAGAUGUGUCGCAGAUUUGAGAAGUCACUGUACAUACGGAAAUAUCUGGUACAAGGAAGUGGAAGGGAGAAAUUCAGCUCCAACUUAAACGAAAACAAUGCUCAGUUUGUAGAGGGAGGGUUGGGGGAGGAGAAAACAGCAGUUUUUGAAACGCGACGCGUAGAGACUUGUCAUUGCCUGUAUACAGUUACUUUAUAGCGGAGAGCUAAACUAACAUCAGUUAUUCUCGUUUGUACUGGAUCAAUCUAUUUCAAAGAGCAGGCAGAACGUUCUGUGCUGGACCAAUGGAGCUGUCAGCGAUUGGUGAACAAGUGUUUGCUGUGGAAUCAAUAAUCAAGAAAAGAGUUAGAAAGGGAAACGUGGAAUAUCUGUUGAAGUGGAAGGGAUGGCCACCCAAAUACAGUACAUGGGAACCAGAGGAGCACAUCUUGGACCAGCGUCUGGUGCAGACCUAUGAUGAGAAAGAGCAGAAGGACAGAGCCCUGGGGUACCGGAAGAGAGGACCCAAAGCUAAAAGGCUUCUACUACAGAAUACUAUUUACAACAUGGAUCUCCGGAGCGCCCAUAAGGCCCUAGAGAAACCUCCAGCUCGCCUACGUCUUUCCCUGACUCGCUCACUGGAGUCUGAGGCAGAGGACCCAACCUAUGGGGCCUGUAGACGGAGCCUGCACCCCCGCCUGGCCCAUCGCAAGAACAAACCCAGAAGAUCACAGUUCAUGUGCCUGGCCUCUCCCCCUGGCCCCCCUAACCCCACAAAGGUCCCCACACAUGAUGAUUGGGGAAGGAGAGAAGAGGAAGAUGACAUGGAGGAAGAGGAGGAAACUCGACAGGAGCAGUCGGAGCGAGAGACAGAGAUAUGCAGUGGCAUUCUGAAUGGGCAGGAUAGGGCAGAGGACUGGAGUUCUGUGAUUGGCUCAGACGAAGUGACCGCGUCAGAGCGGUCUGCUGUUUGGAGCCCAGUGAUUGGCCCAGGGGAGGUGACCGUGACUGAUGUCACCAUAAACUCUCUCACAGUGACUUUCAAAGAAGCCCUGGCAGCCAAAGGCUUCUUCAGAGGCUGGGGCUUAGAGUUCUGAAACACACAGCUGCACAAACAGACAAAACCUGGUCGGGGAACAGAAUGAGAGAGAUGGAAAGUGUGGCUCUUGAGUUAUCUUUACACUCUGUUUGGACUGUGUGACCGCUUGUUCUCCUCAUCCCUUUACCCUUCCCUUUCUGGCUGUGUGAUUGACCUCUGUCCACACUAACUUCCUAUUUCAUUCAAUAGGCAUACUGUAGUGUACAGUAUAUACUGACUACAUUGAGAUGGGCAUACACUCCUACAUUGAGCUAUACACAGUAUACUGUAUACCAUAUCCUUCUAUACAAAACAGUUAUUUUUCUGGACUGUUAUUAGAUAAACAUGUGGCUUAGUAGAGUCUUGUGGUGAUUUAGAAAUCCUCUGCAAGAUGGCUUUAUCAGCCUGCAUGCCUUUCUCCUGUCCUCUCUCUGGGUACAUACUGAUACUCAAGACAUUUUGGUGACCCACUAAAGACCUGCGCAACACAUCCAGUGUAAACUAACCUUAAAAGUGGAACCAAAAACCUAUAUAAAAAAACAGACUUAGGAACAGUCUGUUCUUUUCUGAA